GGAACAUUAAAAUAGCUUCCUAAUUACUUCAACAUACAGCCAUGAAAAACUUGCUGGUUUUUGCGCUGGCUACUUUGGCUUCUGUCCAAGCUCUACCGAGUCAAAUUCAGCUCUCUUCCAACUUCGAGCCAUUUGUCAUCGGAGGACAAGACGCAAAAGUUGGCGAAUUUCCCUGGCAAUUAUCUUUGCAGUUUUUUGGGUUUGCCGGAAGAUGGGAGCACGUAUGUGGGGCGGUCCUCUUCUCCUCCAAGUAUGCCCUGACAGCCGCCCAGUGCAUCUAUAGCGGAAGCACGUAUAGACUAGCAGCCGGCAUGCAUCAGUUGAGUAACACGAGCUCGGCCACAAUCGUCGACAUAGCAUCGUUCAAAAAGCACGAGAAAUACAACGACGGCUCGGCAGCGUUCAGCAACGACAUUGCAGUCAUCACGCUGGCUUCUGAGAUCAAAUUCACUGACAGGAUCAAGCCAGCCGUCCUUCCAGCCGACAACAGGAACAAAUUCGUCAACGAGUCUUGCGUGAUAAGUGGCUGGGGCAGGGCCGGUUAUUCAACGAUUCUUCCGGAUACACUCCGAAAAGGAACUGUCCGUGUGAUAUCAAACGCCGAAUGUCAGACCCGCGUCGACACAAUGGCCAAGAUUACCGAUGGACAGAUGUGCAUCUUUGAUCCCUCCAUGUACACAUCAGCUUGCGACGGUGAUAACGGAGGUCCUGUAACAUGCAAAGUCGCAGGGAAAGAUGUCGUGGCUGGUGUCUCGUCUUGGGUCAUAGCAAGUAGUGGUGGCAACUGCCUGCCUACGUAUCCAUCUGCCUAUACAAGGUUCAGUGAAUAUUUGGACUGGAUCAAGAUGAACACCCCCUAAGACGAUAGUGGACUCUACCUGUGUUGCACCCCCCUUUAAAAUGAUAGUGGACUGUUCUAAUAGAUUGAUUUUAGAUGUGCUAUACUCACUCUUUUUAAAAUGAUUAUGAAAUCACAAUUAACUAUUUAAAAGUUGCUUUGAUUGAAUUUGAUUUUGUAUGAAUUUUGUGAGAAAAUUUUAAAGAGUUUGAUAUAUUUUUAAUUCGAUUUUAUGAAAACAGUUAUUUUUUUGUCCGAAAUCAAAAUUAAUGUCAGCCUAAAUAUUUUUUCACAAGUAACAGUAAACUAUUAUUAACGUCGUCAUCUUAA